AAACACACACACACACACACACACACACACACACCUUCAAGCCACCCGAGCCCGUGCCGUGGCUUUGUAACGAGCAGUCGCAGUCCAGUGUGAUGAUAUUCGUCUCAUGCAUCCGGGCUGUCAGGCUUAUCUAGUUACAAAAUGAGUCAAAAGCUAGUUUGGGUGGUUGAAACCGACAUGCUUUAAAUGUCAGUGGCGCUUUCAGUUCAUGCAACAUUCCUGGAUUCUUCACCAGAACACAAGCCGUGGUUCGGGAGUUUCGACGGGCUGCUUUUGUUGAGGCAGGGCUUGGAAGAACAGAGGAAUUUUUGGAAUAUCGAAAAGCUGCUGGUGACAAAAACUGCCGGAAACGCACAAGUCCAAGUCAUCUGGGAUUUGUAUCGUUCACAUGAUGGAUGUGAUUUCACCGUGCACCGGGGAUAUGACACGAUCUGUCACCCUGGAUUAACACAGAUUCACCCAUUGGUGGGAUUUGUUGGGCAAACUCCUUUUGGCAGGAUGUUGACACCAUGAGGGCUCGGGAAUAUUGACCAUAAUAUAAUCGGGGUUAUUAUCGGGAAGAUUUCUGCCUACAUGCUCACAGCUUGCGGUGCAGAAUGGCAUCGACCGAGAGACUGUAUGAGGUUUGGAUGCUGUACUGCAAUAAGAAGGACCCGGACUACCUGAAACUCUGGUUGGAGAUCUUCAUCGGCUCUUAUGAGAGAUGUCUGGAUGUGGAUUUUGAGAAACCGCUAACCAGGUUGGAGGAGACGCCGCCCGUCAUGACGCUGUUACCUGAUAACAUCCUGCAGGUGUUGCGUCUGCAGCUGCUGCAGUGUGUGCAGAAAGCAUCUGAGGGACUGGAGCCCGAGCAGCAGACGCUGGCGCUCCUGCUCCUCAAAUUCCUCAUCGUCACCUGCAGGAACCUGUCAAAUGUGGAAGAGAUCGGCGCCUGUUCCUACAUAAACCACAUCAUCACCAUGACAACGCUUUACAUCCAGCAGCUGAAGAGUAAGACGAAAGAGAAGGAGCUGGCUGAUCAGACACAAGCCGAGGAGUUUGUCCGUCACGCUUUGGCCUUCUGUGAGACUCUGUAUGAUCCCUAUCACAACUGGAGGCAUCGCAUUCAUGGACAGCAGCUCAGUACUGUGGAGAGAAGCAGACAGAAGUUUAAAGCCGCAGCGCUCACUGUAGAGUUUGUGCCCUUCUUCUACCAAUGUUUUCAGGAGAGUGAGCACCUGAAGGACAGUCUUAAAUGUUGUCUUUUGCACCUGUUCGGAGCCAUCGUCGCAGGUGGACAGAGGACAAUGGAGGUGCUGCUGGGAGUGUUGGGUGCCGGCGAGUGUCUGAGCGGAGGUGGAGACGGAGAGGACUGGGACAGCGAGGCUCCCGACAGGAAGGCGCUGUUGACUCUGGGCUGUUUGCGGGAGGUGGUGCACCGGCUCCUGGCCAGCAGCUCCGAUCAGAGACAGGUGGAGAUCAGCUCAGUGCUGGAGAGCUACUUCAAACUGCUCAACUCGGACCCCGCCGCCACAGCGCAGGUCAAAGGUCACCCAUCACCGCCCCGCUCUCAGCACUGGGAGAGCCGCUUUGUGGCGUUACAGGUGAACAUGCUCGAAACUAUUCAGGACAUGUUUGAGUGCAGCGACCGUCCCGUCCUGCAGGCCAUCUUCCUCAACAGUAACUGCUUUGAGCAUCUGACCAGACUCCUGCAGAACAGUAAGGUGUUCCAAGGGAGGCUCGACUCUCUUGCCGUGGCAACGAUCAAAACUCUCACGACAGUGAUGCACAAGUCACCUGCUGCAAAGCCGUGCUCCAUUCUGCUGAUUCUGAAUCACGAGCCGAAACCAGCCCAACUCCACAAGCCUUCCCUAAAAGCCAAGAAGCAGUUUGGCGAUCUCGGCCCAGCGGUUGCCCAGCACACAGUGAGCCUUGUAGAUGAUGAGAUCUUCGUCUGGGGUCCAGGAAGACUUCUUGACGUCUGGAUUGAGGUGGUUGUGCCAGCGCUCUCUGCACUGCUUCCCGAGACGGCCCUUCAGGUGCUUGGCCACCAUCGCCCACUGCUUGUUGCCGUACUUCUUCACGAGCUCAAUCACCUGGACACGAACAGACUUCACAUACUGCGCAGCCAGUCGCUGAGUUCCUCUGAGCUCCAGAAUCUGCUGAGACUCCUGCGUCAGGACGAGCCGGGUCGCGCUCACCCGUAUGUGGGACCGGUGCUGCGGGCGCUCCUGGGGAUGGUGCGCAAACAGGGCCUGGAGAGCGCCAUGCAAUACUUUGAUCUGUCACCGCCCAUGGCUGGCAUCGCCGUGCCGACCAUCCUCCGUUGGCCAGGCUCCGCCUUCAGCUUCUUUGCUUGGCUCUCAUUGGACCAAGAUCAGCUAGGCCCGCCCAGUAAAGGAGAGAAGAGGAAACAGCUGUAUAGUUUUUUCACCCCGGGUGGCACCGGGUUCGAGGCCUUUAUCAGUUCAGCUGGAGUGCUUGUGGUUGCCGUGUGCACUAAGAAAGAAUAUGUCACCGUCAUGCUGCCUGACUACUGCUUCUGUGAUUCGCUCUGGCAUAGUAUUGGUGUCGUUCACGUGCCGGGGAAGAGGCCGUUUGGCCAGAGUCUGGUCUACAUCUUUGUGGAUGGACAGCAGAAACUAUCAGCACCUUUAAAAUACCCAACCAUGACUGAGGCCUUCACGUCAUGCUGUAUCGGUUCAGCGGGUCACCGCACCACGACGCCUCCUCCCUCUCAGAUCCCCGAUCCUCCGUUUUCUGGAGGCAAUCCCUCCAGUCGCUCGUCCUUUGGCGCUAUCCUCCCGGGCUGGGGCGGCCUGCUAGGGACCAAACCUGAGUCCGUCACCAAACUGAUUUCUGCCGGGACUCAGGACAGCGAGUGGGGCAGUCCCACCUCACUGCAAGGCCAGCUGGGAAGUGUCAUGGUCUUCCACGAGCCCCUCCAAGCCAGUCACGUCAAAGCCCUCUGUAGCUCAGGACCAAACUGUAUUUCCCCCUUUAAAAGUCAAGAGGCUGAACUCGGAGACCUGGCGCCUAAACUUCUGCUACACUAUUCUCCAAAGGCAUGUAGGAAAGCAAUUUGUCUGGAUUUGUCCCCUAAUAUGCUGCACGGUCGCCUGACAGGAAAUCAAGUGGUCAGCUGGGAUAUCAAAGACAUGAUCAACUGUGUUGGAGGGCUUCCUGUGUUGCUCCCAGUCUUGGAACAGUUGACUUUGUUAACCCCUGAUUUACAUCACGCCGACCCCUCGGGGUCAGAGGUCAUCACCCCUGACUCUGCCACACCUUCUGACGGAGACUGGGUCAUACUGCCCUCAAACAGAGCGUCAGAGGCCAGAGUGGAGAGGAAUCUCGUGGCGACGUUCUUGCUGGUGAUCAAGCAUUUCCUGCAGAGGCAUCCCAUAAACCAGGAAACCCUUCUGCACUCCCACGCUGUGGCCACAUUAGGAGCUCUCCUUCAGAAGCUGCCAGCGGAUUUCAGAGCCUUUUGCUCUGUUAACUGUCACAUUCAGUACAUGUCCACCAUCAUCAAAGACAGCAGGAAGCAGUUCAGGAAGAAAUAUGGAGUGCAGUUCCUGCUGGACACAGUACGCCUUUACUAUGGUUCUGGAAGUAAAGAUGCAGAUCUGAGUGAGGAUGACAUUAAGACAAUCAGAGCUUCUCUCUGUGGCCUGUUGAAGUAUUACAUCGGCAAGGGAACCACCCAAGAGGAGAUCCAGAGCAUUCUGGGAUACAUCGCUGCCAUUGGAGACGAGGAACAGCUGUGUGGGAUCUUGGAGCUGCUGUUGACUCUGCUGCAGACCAGUGCGGCGCGGGACCAGCUCUUCCUGCUGCUGUUUGAACCGGGAGCGGCCGACUCCUGCUACGCUCUGCUGCUCAACAACAAACACUCUGACCGCCUCCGAGAGCUCGUCUUCAAGCUGUUUGAGCGGAUGCUGAAGUGUGACCGUGUGUAUGAGAAGAGCAAGCAGAGGUUGCGCUUGAGGGAUGUGGGCUACUCUGUUUUAUAUUAUAUUAAUAUGAUCCUGCACCUCACCUCCACCCUCAUCAAGUGCCUCCUUCACCAAGUGCUGUCUACUGAUACUGUGGUAAACUAUAAAGAUCUGAUGGCAGUGGUUCAGCUGACCCAUAAAGCCGGACCCAGUGUUCGCCUGACUGUAUGCAAGAGGAUGUAUGCGCUGCUGCAGUCUCAGCAGGAUGCAGCGCUGCAGAUCUCCAAGCAGACGUGUUGGCAGGGCACACUAAUGAGUUUGUUUGUCCGGAGCCCCGGGAGCGACGGAGGUUCUGGUUCAGGCCGUUGUGAUGCGGCCAGCCUGGGGAGUUUCGAGCUGAGCCGCAGCAGCGGAGGAAACCGCCUGGAGCCUCCUCUGGAGUGCAGGCCUCUGGGAGACAGCGUGGGGAGGCUGAACGAAGAGCGAGACAGCGCCUCAGACAGCAGGUCCAUAGACAGCCUGGACAACGGAGAGCUGAUGUCUCUCUCCGAAACACCAGGGGACGCGCCGACACCCAAAUCCUGGGGCGGGAAAGCAGGGGUCUUGAGUUUGGACCUGUCCCAGCUGCAUCUUCUGAUGGAGAGGAUGUUGGAAUUGGCCGUAACGGACAAUCGAGAGGCGACGACGGCCACGCUACCGCAGCACACGGAGAAUGCGGUGCGUCUUCUGCACAUGGUGCAGGACUUCCUGCAGGCUGAGGGGCUGGUGAAUCCCGCUCUGUGGACUGAGAAGGUUCUGGAGGAGACGGUGACUCUGAUGGACGGGCUGAUGGUGUGGUACGCCUCCGGGACGCAGUGGCUUCAGCUGUCUCAGGUGGGGCUACGGCUGCUGCUCGGGUUCAUGGCGCUAAAUUGAUCAAAAGUGUGUGCCAUGGCUACGGCCAAACUGAAUGGUAUCUUGCAAACGAAGACGGUGGACUCUCAGGACGAGGCCUGUUAUCUUCUGGGCCGUGUGGAGGGAAUCCUCAGGCGCUCUGUAAGCGAGGAGCGGACAGAGGAGACCUACUCGUUUUUAGUGCCUCUCCUCCGUACCCUCCUGUCUAAAGUCCACAAACUCCUGUACAUGGAGCUGCACCUUCCUUCCCUCCCCGACACCAACGGAAGCCCGUCUUUCUUUGAGGACUUCCAGCUGUACUGCAGCUCUCCGGAGUGGAGGGUCUAUUUGGAUAAAUAUAUCAUCCCCUACAUGAAGCAAUAUGAGAUCGAGACAUUCAGUCAGGGUCAUGAGAACAUGGCUCUCUACUGGAAGGACUGUUAUGAGGCAUUCAUGCUCAAUCUGCACCGCAGGGACCGAGAGAGAGGAGAGAGCAAGAUACGCUUUAAGGAGCAGUUUGUGGAACCGUUCAGUCGUCGAGGGCGUCAGGAGAACCUGAGGUACAAUAGCAUGCUGAAACAAAUCCACACACAGAACAGCGCCAUCCUCAGGCAGUGGAGGGCGGCACGCAGAGGACUCUUCUGUGAGAGAGGACCCUGGGUGGACAAGCAGCAGAUGGACAUACACUGGAAGCUCUCUAGUGCUGAAAACUACUCUCGUAUGCGACUCAAACUGGUGCGGAAUUACAACUUUGACCCCCAUAAAGAAGCCAGUGCCUUGAGAGAUAACCUAGGUGUGCAGCACCAGCAGGUAAACGCCGAGUCACUGUUGUUAGAGGCGGUGAAACAGGUGAAGGUCAGUGAUCUGGAGGAUGACAUCCUGGAACUCCUGGAGGAGGAUCCUGCUUCGGCCAAUCAGGCUGAUUGUGAAGAGGCGGGUCAGAAGGAGAAGCUGGUGAUCUCAGAGGACUGUGAGCUGGUCACGGUGGUAGACGUCUAUCCGGGUCGCCUGGAGCUCACCACACAGCACAUCUACUUCUACGACAGCAGCGCAGAGAAAGAGGAAGGUGUAGGUCAGGACUUCAAAUGGCCUCUGUCUCAGAUCAGAGAGAUUCACCUGCGCAGGUACAACCUCCGGCGCUCGGCUCUGGAGAUCUUUCUCAUCGACCAGACCAACUACUUCCUGAACUUCAAGAAGGAGGUGCGUAAUAAAGUGUACAGUCGGAUGCUGCUGCUGCUGCGUUCUCUCUCUCUUCAUGCCACUCACUCACCGCAGGAGCUGCUCAAAGCCUCUGGACUCACACAGAAAUGGAUGAACAGGGAGAUCUCAAACUUUGACUACCUGAUGCAGUUGAACACCAUAGCAGGACGGACGUAUAAUGAUCUGGCUCAGUAUCCUGUGUUCCCCUGGAUCCUGUCGGAUUAUACGUCCGAGGAGCUGGAUCUGUCCGAUCCGCGGGUGUUCAGAGAUCUCUCUAAACCUGUGGCCGUGCUGAACGAGCGGAACGCCAAAGCCGUCAGAGAGAAAUAUGAGAGUUUUGAAGACCCCACGGGCACCAUAGACCGUUUCCACUACGGCACGCACUACUCGAACGCUGCUGGAGUCAUGCAUUACCUCAUUCGAGUCGAACCCUUCACAUCCCUGCACGUCCAGCUGCAGAGCGGCAGGUUUGACUGUGCUGACCGUCAGUUUCACUCCAUUCCUGCUACCUGGCAGACCCUCAUGGACAAUCCCAACGACGUCAAAGAACUCAUCCCAGAAUUCUUUUACUUCCCAGAGUUCUUGGAGAACCAGAACGGAUUUGACCUGGGUCGCUUGCAGAUCUCUAAAGAGAGGGUAAAUGAUGUCAUCCUGCCAAAAUGGGCCAAAUCCCCCGAGGACUUCAUCUACAAGCACCGCAAAGCCCUGGAAUCUGAGUAUGUGUCGGCCCAUCUGCAUGAAUGGAUCGAUCUGAUCUUCGGCUAUAAACAGAGGGGCCCGGCUGCAGUGGAGGCGCUUAAUGUCUUCUAUUACUGCACAUAUGAAGGGGCUGUUGAUCUGGACGCCAUUACAGAUGAGAAGGAGAGGAAGGCUCUAGAAGGCAUGAUCAGUAACUUUGGACAGACCCCGUGCCAUUUACUGAAGGAGCCCCAUCCCGUGCGUCUCUCUCUGGAGGAGCUGGAGAAGAGGAGAUCUCGUCUGGACUCCUGUCCUCUCAACAUAUUCCAGCACCUCACUGAACUCAAAUCCUUCUUCAUUGAGGGCAUCAGUGAUAAUGUGCCACUGGUUAAAGCCGUUGUCCCCAAGAACCAAUCACAUUCUUUUAUCUCACAGGGGAGUCCAGAUACUCUGGUAACGCUGAGCCAGAACGGCUUGAUGGGAACUCACGGCUGGCUGCCCUAUGACAAGAACAUAUCCAACUAUUUCACCUUCAUCAAAGACCCCACCGUAGCCGGUGUAAAGACUCAGAGGUUUCUAGCAGGGCCGUUCUCUCCAGGGGUUGAAGUCACAGCUCGCCUGUUUGUUGUGUCUCAUGACGGGAAGUUGCUCUUCAGUGGAGGCCACUGGGACAACAGCCUGAGAGUGACGUCACUCGUCAAGGGCAAAACAGUGGGGCAGCACAUCCGCCACAUGGACAUUGUAACAUGCCUGGCCACAGAUCACUUUGGGAUUCACCUGAUCUCUGGCUCUAGAGACACCACCUGUAUGGUGUGGCAGGUGCUACAGCAGGGUGGUGCUCCGGUGGGUCUGUCCCAUAAGCCGGUGCAGGUGUUGUACGGACACACAGAUGAAGUUGUGAGUGUGUCUAUCAGUACAGAGCUGGACAUGGCGGUCUCUGGAUCACGGGAUGGGACGGUGAUCAUUCACACUGUUCGGAGGGGUCAGUACAUGCGCUCUCUGCGGCCGCCGUGUGAGAGCUCUCUGCCCGUGUCCAUCAUGCACCUGGCUGUGUCCUGGGAGGGACAUCUAGUGGUGCACACCUGCGUAGAGGGCAAAGCCACACUGAAGGAUAAGAACGCCCUGCACCUGUACUCUGUGAACGGGAAGCACCUGUGCAGCGCUCCUCUGAAGGAGCAGGUGACAGACAUGUGUGCUUCAGGAGAGCAUGUCAUCAUCGGCAGCGAGCAGGGUUUCCUGUCUGUCCGAGAUCUCUACAGCCUGGCUCUGUGUGUGUCGCCGACGGCGAUGCGGGUGCCCAUCCGCUGUGUGUCUGUGACCAAGGAGCAGUCUCACGCUCUGGUGGGACUCGAUGACGGCAAGCUGAUCGUGGUGGGCGUGGGGAAACCUGCGGAGAUGCGUUCUGGCCAGAUUACGAGGAAACUGUGGGGCUCCAGUAAACGUCUCACUCAGAUCUCGUCUGGAGAAACAGAGUAUCACACCCAAGAGCAGCCCUGACCCCGCCCCCCCUCCUGCCUGAUUGGCCCACUGCCCUGUCAGUCACCCAAAACCAUUGUUUCAGUUUGGAGGAUGGCUCUCUCCUCUUGCUGAAACAAUAAGGACUUUUUUUAGCACCUGUAUGCAAAUCUGUGUGUGUGUUGAGCCAAACGGAUGCGUGUUCCCUCGUGUAGUUGGACUGGUGCAGGCACCAUUUAACUACACGUGUCUGAAUUCUGUGAAAACCCUAAUGUUGACCCUCCUGACUCCGCCCUCUCUGUCGUUUUCCACCACAUAUGCCACGCCCAUUUAGUUAAUCAUCAUUAACACACAGUUAUCAUCAUCAGCAGCAGCAUUACAGAGUGUUUUUAUCACGUCUACGUUCACAUGUGCAUCAGGUUUGAUGUGUUUUUGUAGUACGUGUCCAGUUACUCAUUUGUUUCUUAGUGGCCUUGUCAUAUUUAAUGACUUUCAAUGGUGAUGUUUUAUUAGUGGACACAGGCAUUAUUUAUUUGCACAGUCUUGCUCUUGCACAGACCUCGAAAAGUGGAUGAUAAUUUACACCAGUAUAAUUCACAAUAUGUAUGACCUAUUCUGUUCCAGUAGACCAACACAUUUGAUCACAAAACUGACAUGUGACACUGAUUUUUAUUGUGCGUAACUGUUGAAUGUUGUCAUUCGUUACUUGAAUUGUGAUGUAGUUAUUUCAAUGAAGAAUGCAAGAUUUCAUUUUGUCGUGGAUGUACAUGCAAACAGUUUUACAGCCGAUCUACACUUUGAUUUAUAGAUUUGUUGCAUCUGAAGGUUUUGUUUGAUAAAGCACUACAAAUACAAAGGGGGAGGAGUUUCGAAGGGCUUUCGACAGUAAGCAAUACAGUUUUGUCAUUCCACAGGCUAAUCGCUGCUCCGCAGUCUUCCUAGUAUCCAAACCGAGCACUACAUAGAGAGGAGGUACUUGUGUACAGCUAGAACCAAUGCAGCAUAAUUCGAUAGUCAGGUGAGACGCUGUUUCCCCUCCUCUUUUAUAUUUCUAAGCCAUGCAGUCUUGGUUUACUACGCAGGUAAACUUCCAGGCCUUCUAGAGAAUUCACAGUUACUGAUUGACAUCUGAAUUCUGAUCCUCCAUAUGCAGUUUUUUGAUUUCUUCAACGUAGGCUCCAGAUACACGUGUUUCCCUUACAAGAAUGUACCAUAGUAAACAUAGGUUUUGGCAAAAUUCCUUUAUUAUAGUCACAACUGUGAAGGAUCUCCUUCGAACUGCUUCAGAAGCCUUUUGCAUUUGUUAAUAUCAAAUUACUACACUUGCACAAUAACAUAAUAACUGGCAUUUUAGUGGAAGCUAUCAUCACCAUGGUGUUUUUUUAAAAUAAGGGUUUAGUUUGUUUUUGUUUAGGUCUCAUUUUCUUACACUAAUGUCUUUCUGAGUGACAACAUUAAUUCCUUUACUAAAGGACAGUUGUUUUGAAACUUAUAUAAGUGAUCAGUAAUAUGAAGAUGUUAAUGAAGAUACUAAUACCAAAAUGCAGAUGUCUUUAUCAGGAUGUUUUGUGUGUUGUAUGUUCUUCCAUAUAUGUGCUUUAGUUUGCAAUGGUGCUGAAGUUUAGAUUUGAAGUCUGAAUCGGGAUGAGAUAUGUUUUAUUUCCUAUCACAAAGUGCUCCCUGCAUCUGCUGGCUGCUUUGGAAAUAAGUUCUAAAUUAAUGCUUUGAUUUCUUUGCAUUUAUUAUUUUUUAAUCCUGUAUUUUUAGACUCUUUUUUUCUUAAACCGGAGAUCCCCGAGGUGACUGUUUUUAUUCACAUAUCUAUUUGUAUGUAUGUUUUUCUUCCUUUAAUUAAAUGAAUGGAGUGCCUUUUUUUAUUCUGUCGUCAUGCAAAUUAGUCUCCAUGAUCUGAACUCUGUAGCAUGACCUUUCGUGACCCCUGUGGACAGCCACGGUUUCUACGGGAACCAGAUAAACUUCAGCAGUGACUCCUCCAUCGUAUCAGACCUGUGACUUACUGAGCUGCUUUUAUUUUAGCCGUCACUAAUGGACGUGUGUGUGUAUAUCUGUGCUUAUUUAUGAAUCCAGUAUGAAAUGUACAGCAUGAAUUUUAUUUCUGUUUAUGAAUUGUAUUUUUUUGCACUUUCCAGGUACGACAAAUUGUAAGAGAUUGUUUUAAAUGUCUGCUUGAUCUGUACAGAGAAACUGCUUUGUUAUACGUGAAGAUUUAUCAUUAAAG